UUGUCUGCUUUAACGCAUGCAACCACGGACUUGUGGUUCCAUAUAUUUGAAGCAUCCUCAGGAAGUAUAGCCUAUAUACAGUACUGUUGCUUUUACUUUUCUGCCGACAACAGAUACCAGUCGUUUGAGGUGAUUUACUGACCGAUGUGAUCAGUCCAGGGUUACAGCCAACAUCAGCUGGAAGGUUAAGUUUUUUUUUUUAACUUUCAUAAACUUUGGGAGCGCUGUAAGAAUGAUGUAAACUGAAUAUGGUUUUGCAAGGAUUAUCAUUAGAGUUGUAUACCUCUUAAUACUGCAUGUAUGCUAUGGGUGUUUUAUUUUCAUUUCAUUUUAUUUUGUCAUGAAUUAUCCACUUAAAUUCACUCAGGAUGACGUUUUACGUGCAGAAUGUGUUACUUUGCUCUCAAAGUGUUUGUGCUGAAGUUUUUAUUUGACAUGCAGACAACUAUGGCCACAACAAGUCCUGCUGCUUUCAGUGGCUUGACCGAGAACGUAUUUACAGAGGACUUACCAAGGCCUUCUCCCACAGCUUCUGCAGACAACAUGACUGCAACAGCGGCAUACGAUUACAUCUACGACUACAGCUUGCUUCCUGAUUGGGACUUUGGGAGGUGCGUUUACGAGCGUCACGGAGCGUAUUUUCUUCCCGCCGUUUACUCCACAUUCUUCCUCCUGGGUCUUCUGGGGAACACUCUGGUCAUCUUGGUCAUUGUUUGUGGCCUGCGACUUCGCAACAUGACGGACGUGUGCCUCGUAAAUUUGGCCAUCGCGGACCUCCUUUUGGUCGGAUCCCUCCCCUUCCUGGCCCAUCAAGGCCGGGAUCGGUGGAUAUUUGGGGACGCCAUGUGCAAAAUGGUCCUCGGUAUUUACCAUAUUGUUUUCUACGCCGGUAUUUUCUUCAUCACGUUAAUGAGCAUCGACAGGUACUUGGCCAUUGUGCACGCUGUUUACACCAUGAGGACACGCACACGCUCUUUUGGGUUUAUAGCAGCAGGUGUGACAUGGCUCGCUGGAUUUUUGUCAUCAUUUCCUGAAGUCAUGUUCUUACAAGAGCAGAUUGUACAGCAGUCGGACCAUUCCAACACCUCCUUCUGCUUCCCUGUGUAUCCGAACUGGGAUGGCACUAACUGUCACUUCUGGAGUGUUUUUGGUCUUUUUAAAAUGAACUUUUUGGGUUUAUUCGUCCCCUUGGUCAUCAUGGCUUUCUGCUACUCACAAAUCAUCCGGCGGCUGCUUUCCACUCAGUCGUCCAAGAGGCAGGCCAUCCAUUUAGUUCUCAUGGUGGUGGCUGUCUUCAUCUUCUGCUGGGUGCCCUACAACGUGGCGUCCUUCUUCAAAGCGCUGGAGCUGCUGCACAUCUACACGGAGUGCGAAAGCAGCAAAGUCAUCAGGUUGGCUUUGCAAAUUACCGAAAUGAUCGCUUACCUCCACAGCUGCCUCAACCCUGUGCUCUACGUCUUUGUGGGGGAGAAGUUCAGGAGGAACCUGCUCAGGUUGAUCCACAGGGCUCCGUGCACUCUGUGCCAGCUGGUCAAGGUGGUCAUACCUCGGGAACACCUCAGCAGGUCCAUCAUCUCCCAAACCACCAGCCUGGAUGAGAGGAGCACUGCAGUGUAAAGUGGGAGCAAUAUACAGUUUGGUGUAUUUUCCAAGGGAGAUAAAUCAUUUAACAGAGCUGCCAAUGUGCACACAGUACAUACUGUACACCCACCAGACAUUACAUUAGGUACACCCAAGCUCCAAAUCACAAGCUGUAUGACAAAUUCUACCUUUACUGUCAGUCAGAGACGUACAGUGGGUACAAAAAGUGACCCCCAAAUUGCACCAAAUAUACCUUUUGGAAUCGCGGUCCAAAGUUCAACCUCGCUCUCAUUGGACCACAAUGUUUUCUCACAUUCUUUAGUGUAUUUUUAUGCAUUUGUUCUUUCAAAAAUGGUUUUCCCCUUAACAGAUGUGUUUUUUAGCACUUGCUCCACACUGAAAAAAAGCAGGAAAACAAAAGACUAAAACAUUAUUUGAAAAAGUAAAAAAAAAAAAAAUUGUAAAAAGGGUCGGAGGGGGCAACAUUUGCCAAUUUGUCUUUGUUCUUGUUUUUUUUCUGUAGAAAAAAUAAAAAAGGAUGUGUUCACUUUCUAUAGUCACUCUGGUUUCAAUAAUUUACCACUCAUGUAGCACUUUAAUAAGGUGUCAUAAUAAUAAUAACACAGCUGUUGUAUUGGAUCGUAUGCACGUACUGUAAUAUUGUGGGUGUUUGAAUGUGUUU